AUGACCACCGAGCAGCGGGAGCCUCAGGAGGCGGAGUCUCUCCCGGAAGCGGCCGCUCGCUCCGCCCCCGCGCAGGUCGGCGACGGCGGCGCCCGAGACGUCCCGCCGGUCAGAAGGUCCGUGAGCUUCAGGACCGCGCAGACCAAAGUCACCUUGCUGGACGGAAGCGUCUUCAGCUGCACGCUUGAGAAACGCGCCCGUGGUCUUCAGUUGCUAGACAAAGUCUGCGAGCACAUCAACCUGCUGGAGCGAGACUACUUCGCCUUGUCCUUCAGAGACGCCGACGACAACAAGAACUGGUUGGAUCCUGGGAAGGAGAUAAAGAAACAGCUCAGAGGCGUCCCCUGGAAUUUCUCCUUCAACGUUAAAUUUUACCCCCCUAACCCCACUCAGCUCUCUGAGGACAUCACCAGGUACUUUCUGUGCCUGCAGCUGCGCCAGGACGUGGCCUCGGGCCGACUCCCGUGUUCCUUCGCCACUCACGCCGUCCUGGGAUCCUACACGGUCCAGUCGGAGCUCGGAGACUACGACCCAGACGAAUGCGGCUCCGAUUACGUCGGUGAACUUUGCUUGGCUCCGAACCAAAGCAAGCAAAUGGAGGAGAAGAUCGCCGAGCUUCAUAAAACUCACAGAGGAAUGACGCCCGCCGAAGCCGAGAUGCUUUUCCUGGAAAACGUCAAGAAACUUUCCAUGUACGGGGUGGACCUUCAUCACGCCAGGCUGGUAGGAAGCCGCUUUGCUUGCUUGUCUUCAGGUCUCUCCGAGGACUCGGAGGGCGUGGCUAUCAUGCUGGGCGUCUGCAGUAGCGGCCUGCUGGUUUACAGAGACCGACUGAGGAUCAACAGGUUUUCCUGGCCCAAGAUCCUGAAGAUCUCUUACAAAAGAAACAACUUCUACAUCAAGGUCCGACCCGAAGAGUUUGAGCAGUUCGAAUCCACCAUCGCGUUUAAGCUCCUCAACCACAGAGCGGCCAAGAGAUUGUGGAAAGUUUGCGUGGAGCAUCACUCCUUCUUCAGACUGGUCUCCCCGGAAGAACCUCCCAAGCGUUUUCUCAAUCUGGGCUCCAAGUUCCGCUACAGCGGCCGCACUCAAAUCCAGAGCCGCAGAGCCAGCGCUCAGAUUUCCAGACCUGCGCCCAAUUUCCCGAGAUGCAUCAGCAAGAGGAACUUGCUAAGCCGUAGUCUGGACGGAGACAUGGGCUCGGGUCUGUACGUGGUGUCCAAAGCCAUGACCGUCAGCGACCUCAUCGCCACGGUGACGCCGGAACGGACGAGGGAGGGGCGGUCCGACGGAGGAACCGAUCGGGAGAGCGCGUUUGCAAUAAUUGAAGAGCUGCACGACGGUCUGAAGGCGGAGCCAGAGCCGCUACGAAAGGUGGAACGAGAGGCGGAGACAGAGCUGACAGAAACGGCGGAUGGAGACCUGACAGCCACUGAGUCGGAGCAGGAAGACGACGCCUUGGCCGGCGAGCAGCGAGCGACGUCGCGUCCGGCCGAUGUGGAGAAGCCGGCGAGCGCCAUCGGCGACCUACGGCGCUCCUUCUUGGAGGGCGGCGGCCCGACCGGUGGGCCCACCGAGUGGGAAAAGCGUCUGGCGGCCUCGCCCGUCCGCCGACUGGACGACUCGCCGAUGAUCGAACCGUUGGAAGCGGACCAGCGGAGGCCUCUGUCAGACGAAAUGUCUCCCCAGCUGAACGCUUUGCUGAAGUCGGCCAGAGAACAACAAAGUUUCCGAGAGGAGACGCUCCUGAAGACUUCAGAGAGGUUGCGGACCAUCACGCUGGUGCCCGGGGAGGAGGAGUUUAUGUUCCAGGUAGCCCCAGGAGCUUUUAUGGGACCGCCUCCGCGGCAACCCCCGCCGCCUCCGCCGGGGGCGUCGCUCAUUCGUGCCGAUGAAGCCGCGGAGGCCGUGGUCAGGGAUGUUAUUAAGGACGCUAGCCGUCAAUUUAAGUUCGAUGAUGACGACGAGUUGAGUAGCCAGGCUAGCGACGAUGACGAUAGCGAGACUAGCCAAGAUGCUAUCAGCGUGUUAGCGCAGGCGGUCGCGGAAGACGCCUUGGAGACCGGAUUCCGAGAAAGUCGGGGACCGGUAGAUGUCGACGGGGACGGCUUUAACGCUAGCUUUCCCGGCGAGCGUGACCCGACCGAGGCCGACGUCGGCACCGGGUCCCGUUCCGUACCGGGAGCUCGGCCGGCUUCGGGCGACGCGGAUGACUCCGAGGAAUCCGAUGACGACGGAGGCUGCGGGGUUAACUUCCCUUCCCCUGCUAGAGCCCUGCCCUCCGGGCGAGAUCCCCUCGGCGCAAGCGAUAAAUCGCAGUCUCGCAACCUGGACGACCAGGAGGAGGAUGGGGAACCUCUGGAAGAGGUGGUUCCCACGGCGAGGAAGACUUUGAUGUUCGAAGCUCUGGGGAGACGAGUGGACAUAGAUCGUCCCGUGGGACUGCUGCUGACUUCGCAAUGCUUCGCCACAGAGACGUCCGGAGGCUCUCAAAUGAGCAAGAUGGUGAAUCGAGGACUUUUGGAAACCAGGAUCGAGAAAAGGAUCGUGAUUACCGGAGACACCGAGAUGGACCCGGAGCAGGAAGCCUGA